GGAGGACAUUUUGGCUGGUCCUCACUUUCUGAAACACUUUUUUGAAGGUUAAGACUUGGUUUAGAUUUGGUUGGUUUGAAUUAGAUUUAGAUCAGAAUUAUGGGAAGGGUUGGGUGUUUAGUUCUGAUGGUUAAGGUUGAUAAGCGGCUGAGGAAUGCAUUAUGUCAAUUAGUGUCCUAACAAAGAUAGAUGUUCAAGGAUGUGUGUGCACACGCAUGUGCACGUUCUGCAAAAAGAUCCUUCUGACAGACGUGAUGCUUAAAUAAUUUUGUAUUUACUGAGAGUAUUCUUCAAAAUUUAUGACCACUGUCAAAGAAGCAUGAGCAUAGGAAAGAGGAAGAGGAAACCCAUCACUGCCAUCUGAAAGACAUCUGUCCACACCACAGUACUCAGGCCUCUGUACACACAUGCACAAACACACAGAUUCUAUGUUACACAGCAGAGGAUCGACAAGAAUAUGCCGAACAAAUCUGCAAAAGCAUUAUAUAUUAGUUGCAUCUGUUUCCCUGUAGUAUCUUGCUUUGCUUUGGCAAGCUGGUCAGUUUGCUCUAUCAGUGUUUAUGAUGAGAGAAACUAUAUUUAUUCAGGUGUGUGACUUAUGAAGUAACAGAGAAAGCCUGCAUGCCAAGAAGCUGUCUUUGACUGUAUCUUCCAUUCAACAGUGUGUUCAGCAGUACUACCAUGGUGGAUUUCCGAUAAGCAACACUUUCUUCUAAAUGCUCUACUUUGCCUUUUACUUACUUUUAACUCUGAAUCUGCUUAAUCUACUCAAUUUGUUUUAUACUUUAAAAAAUGUAUUCUAGUAAACAUGUUUGUAUUUUCUCUCCUCCUAUAGUUUGUUGAAGAAAGAAUUGGGUUUAUCGGAACAUGAAUGUAUGGAUCAAACAGGUUAAAACUAAUCAUGUCCAUACCUGUCUUUACAGCUCACCAUGUAUUCCCAGUUUGUGUGAAUAUUACUGACAUACUGCAAAACAGCAUCUGAGACCACAUCAUGAUUAAAUUAUCCAAGACAGGAUGUGCAGUAGAGGUUUUUGUACCCAAAAGACUGUAAUAUAAUCACCUGACUGUAGUCAGCUGCUCCACUCACACUCUGGGAGUCCAAGAGAAAUGUAAUGACUAAUACGCUCCUUCAGGAUUCAUUAAGUCUAUUGUUAAAAUUUACUUAUGUACAAUAUCUAAACCCCCUAACAGACAAAGUGACAGUGUAUUUAUAAUUUUACUGCAUGUAGGUUUUUUUGGCAUGACUUUAAAGAUAGUUUGAUCUGUUUUCCUUUUGUGACAAUAUCAGUUUAGUUUAUUUAGUGACAAUAUUUUGAAAAUCUUGAUUAACUUUAUUUGUUCUAAUAUAUAGUCAGAUCUGUAUCACUGAGUCAGAACUCGGAUCGGAUUUUGCUGUGUGCACUAGAGUGGGACUGCGUUCAGACAGGUCUUGAAUAUUUAAUUAUUAGUCAUGUAAACAAAUUAUUGAUAGAUGUUUUAAUAAUGAGUUAUGUUAAAUAGAUACAGAUUACAUUUGAUUUAAUAUGUGGUGGAAUGAGAAAAACAAACUAUAGCAUUUUCAUUUGUGAAUUUAUGUUGUAAAUCUGGCUUCAAUUAUUGUCAGAAACACUGUACAUAGGGUUGGUGUGACUUAAGUUGAAAUGCAGGCUCAUGACUGCAAUAACACUGAUACUGUGUGGUUAAAGUAAUGAGGGGCCACUAGGGACCCUGCUGACUCCAACAGGCAUCCUGUGCCUUUUAGGUGACGGAGGCGGUGUAACAUGAGUCGGGGUGAAAACCGUGCGCUGGAUCCGGCUGCCACUGCAUAUGCUGUUCUUCAAAGAGACAGAGGAAGUACAUGAUGGACCCCGUCCCAUUGCUAAUCAUCCUAGUCACGUAUUUGCCAUUUUGCUCGGCAGGCUACACCGGGCCCCUCCAACCGGAGAUCUCUAAUGGCACUUUCCACCACUUCUUUGUCCCGGACGGGGAUUAUGAUGCAACUGUAGACCCGGAGCUGUGUCAGAUGCUGUUUAAAUUCUCGGAUGUGUAUCCCUGUGGGGCCAACGAGGAGAGCGAUUCCGUUGUACGAGAUGACUUCAUCAUCACAAAGCUCCAAACGGAGGACGCGACGCGGCUGCUGGAGAGCAUCGGCCGGACCGUUGCGCACGACCUGGACGGAGAGGACAGCUACGGCAAGUUCCUCCAGCGGGAGAUCUCUCAGAUCAGCGAGGCUUUUUCUAACGUGGACAAGUCUCUGUUGGAGUUGGAAGUGAAGUUUAAGCAAAGCCAAGAAACUGAGCUGAGAGAGGAGCAACAGCUGAACGGCUAUGUAGUGAAACAAGUGAGUGACAUCAGGGGAGCUCUGAGGGAAACGACAGACAUCUCGCUGGGACUCAGAGACAAACAUGAGCUGCUGACUCUCAUCAUUCGCAGUCAUGGGACUAGACUGAGCCGCCUGAAGACUGAGUAUCUUAAUGUUGGUUCAUAGAGGAAUUAAGUCAGCUUAGUAUGAGUGUGAGCGUGUGAGGGAGAGAAAAGACGCUCCAAACAAUUUGAAAGUUCAGUGUGGCUCAUGAAUAUAGUUCCUAACCACUUCAGUAUCUCUGACCUUUGGUCUUUCCCAUUCUCUGGAGCUUUGCCAUUGAAGGGGGCUCUAACAAAAACAUCAACACCAUCCUCUAAGUCAGGAGGGGGAAAGGAGAUGUGAACAUAAAUUAUCUGCAAGGAGCCCUGUAACACAUCUGAGGAAGGAGAGAUUAUGAAAAUAUAAGCCCUUCAACUGGAUUUAUUGACUUCCAGAUGAAUAAACACCAACCUUUUUGUCUUUGUGGUUUAAAUUAUGAUGUUUGCAAUUAAUUUUAUAAUAACUGAUCAAAUAGUUACCUAAUAUUCAUGACAUAUCUUAAUUUUCUUUUUUGCUUCAAGUAAGACUAAAUAUUCCUCACUCUCUUUAAAAUUAAAUGAAUAAUUUUAGUUUGUCAUAUUCAUUGUUUUUCUGUUGCAUAUUUGCCCUAAUACAUACAUAAACCACCUCCAUCCUUUGAAGCUUGACAUUUGUAUACAGAUCAAACCUUUGAAAUCUGAAUUUAGAUUUUCGGCAGUGGAAAGUGACCGUCCUUCCACGUCACGUCUUUACGUCAUCACGUUUGUUGUUAGCUCUACAAGUGGCACAUGUGACUGUCCCUUCAAGUUGGUCCUGGUUAGUCGGCAUCUGGAGUCUGUCACUGCCUCCUGCUUCCAUCUGGAAGUCAUCUACUCAAGUAUGAAAUAUGUUUAUCCAAAAGGAGCCACUGUUGUCAUUAUCUGUUCUUUUGUCUGUCACAAUCUAUAAGGUCUAUGGUUCAUAUGAAAUGAUUCUGUGUUGAAAUUCAGAGUUGUUUGUGUCAUUUUACUAAAAUAGACGUAUAAAUGUGGCACAGCUUGUUUGAAUCUCUUUCAAAGUGUUCCAGUUUUGUGUCGACAUACCACAUCUAAUUUCAAACAAACUGUUUAUGGGCGAAAAGUAUUGUUGAACUGCUGAAAGGCAUUAACUCUGAAUUACACCCACACACUAAAUAAUCUGUUUUAAAUUUCAUUGCCUUGGAUUUAAAAUUCUGAAAGCCUUUAGUAGUAAACUUUGCACGUUCUGUUUUUAAGCUACCAUUUAAAAUCUGCAUCAACCACAAAGUCACUGCCAUAAGCGUGCCCAUGUUUUACAGAGUUACUGUCUCUGCAGAUGGGAGGGAGCCAGAUGGGCUGCCAUGGGUGCAACUGGGUGUGAUUUCCUCUGUCUGGUUUUCCUCUCAGUCCAGCUUCCCCUGAGGGACCCCAUUUUAAAAACAGCUCUCUGUAGCUGAGCAGUCGGCCAGCCCUGUCAAAAACCCAGAGCUGUAGGAGCUCCAUGUGCAGAGAAACCCCAUAUGUCUAUAAGGCUCUAAAUUUCCAGGAGCGCUGCACAGGGCUCAUAAGAUUUGAUUAAAAGAUUAAGUUAAAAUUCACACUGUGUAAGUCAGGAAACCUCACACAUCUCGCCCAUCUCCUUUAAUUUGUCUAUGUUGGCUCAAAUUAUUAAUUCCACCUACUGCAUAGGAAAAUAUUAUUCUGUAGAUUAGUUUCAGGUCUCCGAUGCUUAGAAGGGAGAAGUCCUGAGUGUUAAGCCUGCAGUUAGACUGAUCUAUGUUAAGGACAAACAAAGACAGGUCAGGAAUGCAGACCAGUGUUGACCUGACAACACAGUGAUCCCUCUCUGUACAGAGCACAAAGCCCCCAAACCACAUGUCUCUGUAGUGUUAUUAUUAGAAAGGCAAAAGCUAUUUGCUUCAGGUCCUACUAUAACUAUUACUCCAAUAAAUACCACACUAUAACUACCACUAGU